AUGAAUGAAAAACAUUUAAGCUAUCUACGUGGCUUUCACUCAUUUGAACGUAGUUCUAAUUUGCGCGUACUCGCAGACGAUAGGAAGAUUGAAACAGCCUAUCAACAAGCAAUAGUAAGAGGAAGACUGCCAUUUAACAGAUCAAAAAUCUUAAUUUUAGGAGAUCAUGGUGUGGGAAAGACAUCGACAUGUAGACGCUUGCUAGGAAAAGAAUUUCGACAGGACGAGCCUAGCACCAUAGGAAUUGAAACAAAUACCGUCAAAGCAAAAGUCACUGACGUUAACUGUAAGUGGCGUGAAGUACCAAAUACACCACUAGAAGACUUUGAAAGUGCGGCAGCAUGGUGGGCAGUAUCACACGUGCGCAAACGUAGUGUAAAGGAAACCACGAAAGCUGGUAGCACGUCAGAAACCCAGAUGUCGCCAGUGGGCCUAAAGCUAACUGAAGAUACAUUUUUUCAGACAAUGCUCAGUAUUCCAAUCAUAUUUACUUUUCUAAUCGGUGGUUUUGCUUUCGGAUUUGGACUACUCGUAUGGAUAAAUAUUCUUUGCUUUAUGUAUAUAUUCGAUGAUCACAAUGCGUACCGCUUCGGUUGUGGAUACACUAUCGGAAUGGUACUCAUAGACAGUGCAAUGACGAUGGAUUUGGGAGACAAUGAAUUGAUCAAAGUAUCCAUUGUCAUGACUUUGUGUAUACUAGUUGGCUUACUUACUGGCGUUCUUAUGGGCGCAGGUGGUAGAACAGGAGUAUGCAUAGCAUUUUGCAUCAUGGUACAUCCUCAACAGAAAACAUUUACCAUUGACAAUGUUACAGAAAAACUAUUAUUUAUCUACAGCAAAGCAUAUUAUAAUUUGAUAAUUUGUAUUAUUGCUGUUAUAAGUAUUUUGAUGUUUAGGUAUGCUCCCUCAAAAGUAUUGUCAAUGAGUCGAAGGGACUGUGUACUUGUAUUAUUAAGUAUCAUUGCAUUUACCACAGUCAUAGCCUUUAUUAAGGGAUCGUAUUUUGUAAGCCUAUUUUAUACUUUUACAUGUAUUGCGGUACUUGUAAGUUGUAUAAUAGCUGGCGUCCUUUUAGGGAGAAUAUAUGUUGCUUAUGGGUAUAUCCCUCAAAUGUAUCUUAUCAAGAAAGCUAUUGGUUUUGUAGCUGGUAUAUUUAUAGCUGUUUUGUGCGGGUGGGAGCUUCCAGAUUUGAAAACUCUCAGCUUAGCCAAAAACAGAUACUACCCUAUUCCCCGGUAUUCGUUCAGCCUAUUGCUUUUUAUAGCGCCAAUUACUGCAUUUAUUGUUUACGAAUGGUUUACAUACAUGAAAGUGAAGAAUACAACCUCUAUACCGUUAAAACAUAUCCAAAAAUCAAUGGAAGCAUGUAUUCGUAAUGAACCGUAUUUAGAUGCUAGACUUAGUCUAUGGGACUUUGCUGGACAAAACAUAUACUACAAUACUCAUCAUCUUUUCAUGCCAAAGCAGGGUGUGUAUCUGAUUCUAUUUAACGCCGUUGAAGCGGCUGUGAAUCCUCGAAAACAAAUUAAUCGACUACAAUUUUGGUUGCAAUCAGUUUCUAUGCAUGGAGAUAUUAAAAACGUUGUAGUGUUUCUAGUAGGAACAAGACGAGAAAGUGUUAUUGACAUAAAUGCUCUUUUGAAUUUCACUCAACUUGCAAAAGCACAUCUCUAUAAACCCUUUUCUAGGUUACUUGCGUUUCAUCCUUCGGGUAGCUUUUUCUUUUUUAUUGAAAAUUCGUUAUGUGUAGACCAAGAGCGUAACAUCUUACGAACAGUUAUUUAUAAAGAGAUUACAAAAUUGGAUUUUUUUCAGGAGAAUCAUUCGGUAAAAUACCUUUUAUUCCAUGAAACUUUGAACAAAUUUCGCUUACAAAAUUACAUUAUUGCAAGUUUAGUAGAGAUCUUAGAGGAAGUCAAAUCAACGUGCAAUAUCAUUUCCCAGAAUGAGCUGUGCGAAUUCUUAAACUUCUUUGACAGAUCUGGUGAUGUCAUAUACAAUGAACGUGAUGAGACAUUCUGA